AUGGGUCUGCUUGAUGCCGUACGCGAUAAAGCAACAACUGAAGAAGGCGUGCAAUUUGUCCACGCUGAUGGGAAAACAAAGGCGACAUUCGCAGCCUCGGGUAACGUUGAGGCACAGAGCGCAACGUCCGAGUUCGAAGUCCUCCGUGGCGAUCUGGCUAAGAUAUUCAUGGACGCAACGCAAGCUAUGGAUCGCAUCAGUUAUGUGUUCGACGAGAUGAUCUCCUCCAUUGACCAGCAAGACAAUGGCAAAGCUCUGGUGUCCUUUGCAAACCGCCUACCGACAGCACACUACGACCUCAUCGUCGGUGCAGACGGCAUGAUGUCUCGCACGCGCCGGUUGGUAUUCGGGCGCGGGCCGAACGAUGACGAGUACAUCUACCGUUUGGGCCAGUAUGCUGCUCUGUUUACAAUGCCGAGUACAGAACAGGAUACGAAGCUCGCGCAGUGGUAUAAUGCAUCGCGCGGCCGUAUCUUACUGCUUCGUCCGGACAGCUACGGGAAUACGAGGGCGUAUGUUGGAGUCACUGAUUCGAAUCUAAGUCGGUUUGAUCAUAUCGACGAGGUGAUGAGGAAAGGGAGUAGGGACGAGCAGGAGGCGUGGUUUGAGAAGGAGUUCGAAGGAGGAGGGUUCGAAAGCGAGAGGUGCAUCAGGGAGAUGAAGAAAGCUGAUGAUUUCUAUCUGCAGCAGAUAGCGCAGGUCAAGAUGGACAGAUGGAGCGAGGGGCGAGUCGCGUUGUUGGGCGAUGCGGCGUAUUGCCCCAGUCCGAUCUCUGGAGUGGGCGCCGGGUCGGCAGUCAUCGGUGCGUACGUGCUUGCUGGCGAAGUGAGCAGAUCGCAGGAUAAUAUACCUUAUGCGCUGAAGCAGUAUGAGAAGACGUUGAGGCCCUACGUUGAGAAAGCACAAAGGUUGAUUCCUGGAGCGCCGCAGAUAAUUAACCCACAAACAGAAUGGGGUGUUUGGGCGCUCAACAAGACUACAAGUAUUGCCUCGAGUUCGUUGAUGAAGAGCUUUGGAGGUAUUAUUGGGAGAUUUUUACCAGCGUUUGGCGGCACGGAUUAUUUGUUGCCGGACUACGAGGGCUCAUCGACGCAAUUGAAAGUGUAA